AUGGCGAGAAGAACCCACAUGCUCUUCCUCCUCGCCGCCCUCACCCUCCUCUACACGGCACGCUCCGCCGCCGCCGCGGGCGCGGGCGCGCUCCGGACGUCGGCCAUCUCCGCGUCCCCGUCCCCGUCCCCGUCCCCGUCGUACCAGCAGCUGCCACGGCACGGCCACAGCAGCGCGCUCCCGCCGGCGCUUUCGCCGGACACGAUGCCGCUGCUCCCGUCCCCGGGGCCCGACGACGACGGCACCGCGGCGCUGGCGCCGUCCACCAUCCCGUCCAGCCCGAGCCCGCCCAACCCGGACGCGGCCCUCGACGACCCGGACUUCGCCCUCCUCGCGCCCUUCUCCGCCGCGCCCGUCGCGCAGUCGCCCGCCCCGCCGGUCCCACGCGCGCCCGCGGCGGUGCUCGUCGUCACCGCCGUGGGGCUCCUGGCAUCCUCCGCCAUGUGGUCGGCAUAG